GUGUCAAAUUGGUUUGCUAACGCAAGACGUCGGCUUAAGAACACUGUUCGACAGCCAGAUUUAAGCUGGGCUUUAAGAAUAAAACUAUACAACAAGUAUGUGCAAGGAAAUGCUGAGCGCCUUAGUGUAAGCAGUGACGAUUCGUGUUCCGAAGAUGGAGAAAAUCCUCCAAGAAACCACAUGAAUGAAGGGGGCUAUAAUACUCCAGUUCAUCCUGUGAUUAAAAGUGAGAGCUCGGUAAUAAAAGCUGGAGUGAGGCCAGAGUCGCAGGCCAGUGAGGACUACGUGUCACCCCCAAAAUACAAGAGCAGCUUGUUGAACCGUUACCUUAACGACUCUUUGAGACAUGUCAUGGCCACAAACACUGCCAUGAUGGGAAAAACAAGGCAAAGAAACCAUUCGGGAUCUUUUAGCUCCAACGAAUUUGAGGAAGAAUUGGUGUCUCCAUCGUCAUCAGAAACCGAAGGCAACUUUGUCUAUCGCACAG